CAAGGCGAAGCGCGUCAACAUUGUGCUUUUCAUAACGGUUGUUAAUGCAGCCUUGCGCUGCGUCAUUGCGGCCGUAGAUGUCACCACGAAGCACGGUGCGAGCGCCCCCGCAUGUUCCAUUGAUUCCAUCUGGACGCUGUAUGCAACCACCGUCCUCUGCGCUACCCUCGUACCCCUCGUACUUGUAUGUCCUGCUGAUCUCACUUUGUCUGAAAGCAGCACGUUCACGCGCGAUGCAUGGGCCGCCGGUGGUCUGCAUUCGAAUGUAUCGCCCGCACUGUUCCAGUGUAUGUUUAUGGCAUGCUGCCCGUCAUCUGGGUUCUCAUCCGCUCUGAUCAAGUCGGCAAACUGGACAGCGGCCUAGGGAUAUGGUGGGGAACAUAUUGCAUCGCCGAUAUCUCUCAGUGGCGCACAGUGCGCCUCGCCACUCUUCUCAUGCCCCUCGGUCUGACCGCUCUGCUCACCCUUAACAUCGCCCGGAUGGCUGGGGGUGCGUACCUGCUCGCGGAGGCGCGAACGUCUACGCUUGUCAACCUCUUCGCACUCAGCCUUCUCGGCAUUCUCUACCUCGCACUCGAAGCAACAAUUGGAUGGCAGCCCAACUGGCGGCCACGAGCCCUUGAGCCACUCUUCUGCCUCGUCGUCCUCUUCCAAAGUGAAUUCUUCCCAUACGCAGACGCCAUAGCAUGUGGGCUCUGCGCGCGCCGAGUACAAAAUAUGUCCAACCAGCACACCGACUCCCCGCCCAGCGGAUGUAAGGAGGACAGAGAGGAGCAAGUCUAUGCGUGGCCUUCCCGCCAGCCGCACCGGCGAGGCUUCCUCACGCCCAUUCCAGAGACCACCGAGGGGUCAACAAUCAGCCACCAUUUUCCCCAGGUGCCCAUCAUUUGCGUGCAACAUGCAACACCUGCCUCGCUUAGGCAUGGAAGUGCGGGCCCAUCCCAUCGUGUCGGCGCCUCCCUUCCGUCGCCUUCCUCUCAUCGUUACUCAAAUCCAUGCGCGGAAGAGUGCAGUUUCCCACCUCUAUCCCCUCUCCCUUCUGAGCCUGAUGAGCAGUCGGAUACGGCCAUUCCCUUCCGCCCAUUCUGGCCUCGCGCGCAUUAUAACUACGACUCAGAGACUGAGUCCAGUGGCUCCCUCGAUGUCCAGCCGACCGACCAUCUACCGCGUCCAUCCCAGUUCCGGGGCUCCAACCCCUCGCUGAGCGGCGACUUCGACCACCCACCUCUGUCGCCGAUGUCCGAUGUGUCCUGCGCUACCUUCGGCAGGCGUACUCAGUCCGCCACACAUGGCUCCCACGCUUUGGCGCCAUCUAUCGUGCUCAGCGGCUCGCCAUUGCUUGCGCCGCGCGGCUUUUCCUCGUCCGAGCGUAUCGCGCCCGACAUACAUCGGCUCUCAGGUAUGGCCAUCUCGAGUGAUGGCGACUCAUUCGUCACGGCAAAUGCCGCAUUGUUAAGAUACAGCAGCUCGUCAGGAUACCUCACAGCUAAUGAAGACCCAUUUGCCUCGCCCCACGCGUCUGUCAUCGAGGACGAUAUCCGUGAUCGCCCCGCACCAACACUGGGCCGCCGACGCGUAGAUGAAAGCGAGUUUCCCAACAGUCCAGAAGGACGCUGGAGUCUCCCCAGUACUCCCUGUGUAUAGCCUCUUCCGGUGACCUUGGUCCGACCCUUACACAUACUGUAG